UUACACAGGAAAAAGCACGGAUGUAAUUUGAUGCAGCUCCAGCUCCUCUUCCGGUCUCUUUUCCCACAGCCACCGGAGAAAAAUGACCAAGGGGACAUCAUCUUUCGGUAAGCGCCGGAACAAGACGCACACCCUGUGCCGUCGUUGUGGGUCCAAAGCCUACCACCUGCAGAAGUCUACCUGCGGCAAGUGUGGCUACCCUCAGAAGCGCAAGAGAAAGUACAACUGGAGCGCUAAGGCCAAGAGGAGGAACACCACUGGCACAGGCCGUCUGAGACACAUGAAGGUCGUCUACCGCAGAUUCAGGAAUGGUUUCCGGGAAGGCACCACCCCCAAGCCCAGACGCGCUGCAGUGGCCGCCUCAAGCUCAUCCUAAAAGACACAUUUUUGGUUAAAUAAAUGUGAUGAUAAACAGGAGUUGCAGGCUCGUUUUGUGGUCCUUGUUGUCUACCCAUCCAUCAGUGGCCAUAAACAGUGUUGUUGUAAACAGAUUUAUAUAUACACACACACACUGACUUUGUUUCUUCUUGAUUACAUUGUAUACAUCUCCAGUGUAAAGGGGGGGGGGGAAAUCAGGAGUUUGUGAAAAGUGGAAACGAACUUGGAAUAAAAGGUUUUCAGUCA